AUGUCGUCUUCUGAAAGCAAAGAGCUUUCACCGAGCAAUUCCGCUCAAAAUGAUGUCGAACCCACCCAACCCGAACUCCUCUCGAAAUCAGUGCAUGAGUCGUCUGACGACGAUGCUUCUGGUGACGAAUCCGCCCCUAGAGCCUCUUCCCCCAAGUCGGAGAUGGAGGAAGAGUACUCUAGUUCUGAAGAUGAACUAAUGCCUGAUAAUAAGUUCUCCGAUGAAGAGGUCAGAGUAGCAUACGAAGACCUCGAAGAAACCCCUCAGGUUUCUUCAGAAAAUGAAACCCGCGAUUCUGAAACCCCUCAGGUCUCAGAAAAACCCCAAGCCCGUGUAGAAUUCGACACUUCGAAUAGCUGCAACCGACGCCCCGAGGAAAAACAGGCAAAUAAAAGGCCUCGUAACCCCUCAAGCCCUACCCAAAAUCCUGAGCUGAAAAAAGCCAAAGAUUUAGAUGCGAUGCAACGAUCGAUCGACGAAAUGAUCGCUCGGCUGCAUCAGUCCGAAAUUGCCAGAAAGCAAGACCAACAAGCCUAUGGCCAGCAAAUUGAUCGAUUAAUGGAAGAGCUACAAAAGCUCAACGCCAUUAACGCUCAGAAAGACGAGGAAAACCGAGGGCUAGUCUCGAGGUUAAUGAGUCUUACGCAAGGACCAAAAGCUUCCCCUGAACCCACCCACGAUAUAGCAUCUACGAAUGCGAAGAUCGAGGAGCUCAUCAUGAAUCUCCAGAACUCAGAAGCCAUAAGACAGAGGGAAAGAGAGAGACAUGGUAGAGAAACAGCUGAGAUGAUGGCCGAGCUAAAACAGCUGAGGGCCACGAUCGAGCAAAAAGAUCUAAGAAAUCAGGAGUUAGUCGAUCAGCUGAUGAGACUAACUGCUGAAAAGCAAGGCCAAACCCCAACUCCCUCAGAUGAAGUACCCAUAGAAGUUGUUAUGGAAACGGAAGAAGGUACUGAAUCUGGAAAUGACGGUGUCUAUGAGUUUCCUAAAUAUCGUAAGAGGAAAAACAAAAAGACAACCAGCCAGAUCUCGCAGAACGCGCGUAAUAAUGACAUGUCCGAGAUCCUUUCAGAGGCAAGCGAUGCCGAAAAGGAUCAUGAGUCAAAUAACAGAAAAAAACGACGAACUCAGCCUGCCACUGUUAAAAACACCAAGCCUGCUGAAGUAGCUCAACCUUUCUUAUCGAAAGUACUUAGAGAUAUUUACCGUGUAAAUAUCCGAAUAUUUUUGUACCACUGCCCUAGUGAUAUUCCUACUACGGUAGGUCACACACCUGAGCAGUAUCUCACUCAAGGCAGCGGUAUUUUCCUUAAGGAAUCAAGUGCUUGCCUUAAAUAG